AUGGCUACCGAGACGCAAUCCCAGCCCCCCAGCUUGGUCUUGCAAGCCCGAGGCUCGCCGUCGGUCGCGCCUGACGAACGCGCCGAGUGGCAGCGUCCGACCCGCCCACCGUCGCCGUAUAUCAAGGUGUUCAGUGCCGGCUUCUCAUUCUUCGUCGCCGGGGUCAAUGACGGGAGCUUGGGGUCGGUCAUCCCCUAUCUGAUCCGCACGUACGAGAUCGACACGAACAUGGUGGCCAUCCUGUGA